AUGAUAAAACAUGGAGAUUUACAUACGAUAAAAAAAGAAACUGAUUGUAAUUGUGAACAUUGUUCUAAAUUAAUUCAAUUUAUCCAUGAUUCAAAUAAAUAUCAAUAUUUUAUUGCUACAAAUAUUAGUAGACCUGCAUGGACAAGCCUAAAAGGACAUUUGAACGAAAUUAUUACACAUCAAAUAAAAUUACCACUCGAAUUAUCUAAAGGUGAUAAUAGUCAAAUUAUAAUAACAAAAGUCAAACCGUCAUAUGCUUAUUAUAAAGAAUAG